AUGGCCGACAUUGCACAUAUCCUCCGCUUGCCUCCUGAGCUUCUGGUGCAAACUUCUGCAUACCUGACGACCAUCGAGCUGGGAGCUUUUCGCAGCACCUGCAAACAUGUCGAAGCAACCCUGUUCGACAGCUUCGCGCGAGAGUUCUUCACAAGGCGCUAUUUCAUGAUCGAAGAAGUCUCCCUCGAUGCAUUCGUCGGCAUUGCCAACCACAAAAGGCUCGCUCCAUGCCUUACGGACGUCAUCAUCGUCCUCGAAAAAUUCUGCACGAACCAGAACUUCGAGGCCAUGUAUGUGCACAGAACUUACACCGGCGAAUACGAGCACGACAUCUUAGUCUUGACCGGCGGUGCGCGUGACAUGCUCGUCGACGCCUUCUCGAAACUCCCCAAUUUGCGGCUCAUCGGAUUCCAUGACGCAGAGGGACCACCACGCUCACGGGAGCCCGACCAGAGCUGGAAAAGCUACGGCUGGUCAUGGGGUCUUGCAGGGAAUGAGAAUGUCAGCCAGCCUACGUAUGAUCGACAGGCUGGGAGGUUCAUGGAGGACACUGAUCCGGGGAUUGUUCUCCCGCUCGUUUUUUAUGCCUUGGGUGUCGCUGCAGCACGUCCACGGCACGUUGAGGUGUUCACGAGACAGGUCGAUGUACCGGAUCGAUCGUUCAGCGUUUUAUCGUCUUGGCUACAGCCGAAAGCUCUUCCGGUCCUGUCGGGGUUGAAGACGCUGCUGCUGAGUACUCAGAGAGACUAUGAUGAGCCCUCAUACCCGUCUCGGUUCCCUCCCGACGAUGAUCGCAGUACCUCGUGCGGCGUACUCAAGUACUUCCUGCGGCAUACAACAGCGCUGGAACAUCUCCGGCUGAACUUCUACUGGGAGCGGCAUCAAGCCAGACAAGAUGACUUCUUGUCAUGGCUCAGCAUGCCGCACGAUCCGUCUAAUGUCAUGAGCUCGCCAGGUUUGCAGCGCCUCUCCCGAUUGGACCUGGGCAUGUUCAACGUCGACCCCAGACUCCUCCUCAAAAUCAUCGGCAAGUCCCAGCAGCUGACCUUGCUCUCGAUCUGGAAGGCUACACUGCUGCGUGAGAACCAAGAUGGCGAGAUCAACGCUUGGGAGACUUUCCUCCGCGAGUUGCCACAGGUCAUUCAUCAGCCGCUCGCCUUCGAACAUCUAACGAUCCUCUGGCCGAUCGAGCGCUGGAAAGAUGCACCUCCCAAGGAAGGAAGGGCUCGAAGGAAUACGUGGAUGGCUUUCGCAAAGGAAGUGGCAAUCGAUGCGCAGGGUCGGAAGCAGUUCAAGGGAGAAAGUCAUCGCGCCGAGUUCAGCAAAGGGGAAGAUGGCGAUAUAAAGACGUGGUUACAAGACCUUUCUUCGCGGCUAUGGCUCCCGCCGAAAAUGAGGGAGGGGUACGAGUCGCCGCGUCCUGAGUGGGCGGUGAGGCAGGACGACGAGAUGCUUCGGAUGUUCACGACGCAGCUGCCUGGUGAGGAUUAA